UAGUUCCUUAAUACGCUCAUCUCUAACACUCACGCUUCUGCACGCUUCGCCGGCAAAAUUUUCAUUCCAACAAAAAGUAAAAAAAUAUAAAUAAACAAAAUGUCGGCUGGUAUGCCCAUUAACCCUAAGCCAUUUCUUAAUGGUCUGACUGGCAAACCGGUGCUUGUGAAACUUAAAUGGGGCCAGGAAUACAAAGGCUUCCUGGUGUCGGUGGAUGGCUAUAUGAACAUGCAAUUGGCCAAUACGGAGGAGGUGAUUGAGGGCUCCGUCACUGGUAAUCUGGGUGAAGUGCUGAUACGUUGCAACAAUGUGCUGUACAUCAAAGGCAUGGAGGAUGACGACGAGGAAGGCGAGAUGCGAGAUUGAUGCCGAAUCACAAAUACAACUUACACUUAAGUCUAUGUACAAUGAAAUAAAAUAUAUACAUUAAUUUAUAUAGUCGAA